AUGAAGACUUAUUUAAAUGCAUCAAAAAUUGCAAAAAUAAAAAAUGAUUUAAUGGAAAAGUUUACAGAAUAUCAACAAAUGAUUGGAGAUUUAAAUAUCACAAAAAGAUGCGACUAUAAAGUCAUAAGAUAUAUAGGAGCUGGCGGUUAUGGAGUUGUUAAAUUGGCCCAGAACAAUCGAAAUGGUGAACACGUGGUGCUUAAAUUCUCCAAACAUAUUAAUGGAACCUACGUUCGUAAAUCAACUGUUCGCGAAUUGUGCCUCUUAAGUCAAUUUGAUCAUCCACAUAUUAUAAAGCUGCUGGAUAUUUGUCUUGAAUUAAGAAAAAUAAAUGAUCGAAUACUUCCCAGAUUUACCUUAGCACUUGAAUUAUGCCGUUGCGACCUUCGAAGUCUCAUAUUUGGUCAGAUUAGAUACCAACCAAUUCAUAGCCAAAGUAUUUUUCAGCAAAUUUUGCUAGGCCUAGAGCAUCUGCAUAGAUAUCUGAAUGGAUCAAUCCGGCGUCAAUACUUAUUUCACUUUAUUCAAUUCUUUAGCCGGAAUAUCAUCCAUAGGGACUUGAAACCCGCAAAUGUUCUAAUUGGUUUAAAUGGAUUUGUGAAACUAGGUGACUUCGGAUUAGCUCGUGAGAUGAACCAAGAAAAUCUUCAUACGCCACAUGUCGGGACGAAAAGAUACAUGCCUCCAGAAAUACUGCUAAAAGUUAGAACUUAUAACGAAAGCUUCGACAUGUUUGCCGCUGGAGUAAUUUUAACCGAACUUUUCGGAAGAAAAUGUUUAUUUCGGGGUGAUAGCUUGACGAGUAUAACAAGAUCUAUGGUACGAUUGUUGGGUAAAGUCGAUAAUAGUAGUUUGCCGGGAUCAGAGCAGUGUCAAUCAUACAGAUUCCUAUUUUCAAGACAUCCACCAGGGGAACCACAGCUCAGUAAUGCUUUGCACGAACGUGGUCUUGCUGAUGAAGCUGCGAAUCUUGUAGAAAAACUUCUUUCAAUCAAUCCAGAGGAUCGACCAAGUGCGAGUGAAGCAUUAGCACAUCCUUACUUCACGAAUUUUACGCUGCCACCUGAAGAUUUGCUCACAGUUCUUCCAGAAGAGUUAGGUACUUAUGAUUAA